UUGCGCCACAGGAUGUUUCGGACGAACAUCAAUUAAAACGGACCGGUUUCCUUUACCCACAAUCCCCUGCUGAAGAUCCGUCCUUCCGACUUCCGCCUCAGCUAGUAGCCGAAAUGGCCCCAACCAAGAAAGGAGAAAAGAAAAAGGGGCGUUCAGCCAUCAACGAGGUUGUGACCAGAGAGUACACUAUCAACAUUCACAAGCGCAUCCAUGGAAUUGGCUUCAAGAAAAGGGCCCCACGCGCUAUUAAGGAAAUCCGUAAGUUCGCCAUGAAGGAGAUGGGAACUCCUGAUGUUCGCAUUGACACUCGCCUGAACAAGGCUGUGUGGAGCAAGGGUGUCAGGAACGUACCAUACAGAAUCCGCGUCCGGCUGUCCAGGAAGCGUAAUGAGGACGAGGACUCUCCCAACAAACUGUACACCCUGGUCACAUACGUUCCUGUCACCACAUGCAAAGGUCUGCAGACAGUCAAUGUGGAUGAAAACUAAAUGUGUCUGAGCUGAAUAAAUAAAAGAAAAAGAAAAA